CUCGAAACAGUCACGUGAAUCACGCUUGAUUGUUAUAUACUUUCUACUGCACCGCUCUCAUCCGCUCAGUUUCGAGAGAGACGCCGACUAGCAAGCAUUGAAAGGCUUCGCGCGCGCAAAAACUUGUGAUAUAACUUUAUUAUAAUGAAUGAACGACCGUUUCAAGCGCAAAUUCCUCGUAAGCCUGCGGUGGGUGAUGAAGUGAUCGUCAAAGGUAUGCUUAAGCCGGAUGCCAGAGUAUUUUCGGUCAAUCUUAUCUUACCCCAAGCACCUCCAGUUCAAAAAUCCCUGUCGGCGCCUUCAGAAAGUGACGUGAAGAGCUCUCAAAAGUGUUGUGCACCAUUGCCAACGAAUCACAGCUGGCCCUACAUUGCGUACCACUUCAAAGUAGUUUUCAAUGAUGACGGAUCGAGUAUAGUAGUGCAAAACUGGAAAAAUGUUGUGUGGCAGAACGAAAGGCGUACCCUUGGUCACAAUUUCAAAGACCGGACAAAGCCAUUUACCAUCAUCUUCCGGUUCCAUCACGACACGAUAAGAGUUUUUAUCGAUCACACUCACCACGUUCCAGAUUACGAGUUUGAGUAUGAGCUACCACUCGAACGUAUUCGUCUUGUCGAGAUAUGGGACGAUGUACUGUAUGUGGAAGAAGUGACGUUUCGUUUCAAGAAUGCAGGUGGGCGAUCUCAGGGCGGUGAUUUUACCUAAAUCAACGUCUGCCAAAUGUCUAUCUCGCUUCAUCGAAAGUAAAUAUUUACGCUAUGCACAUACGGGCAACUUACAUCAACGUAUCGCCGGCAUCUGGCUCAACAAACCAUCACUGGCAUUCUCAGCACCAUUGCCAAGCUGCUUGUUAAUCGACCCGGAUCAUCGGAUUCACGUUGAAUCACGAACUGCACGCGGAUAUUAUUCGUCACCUGUGCAGCAUGUCACCAAUCAGUAUUAUCACAUGUUCUCAGAAUCAUUAUCACAGAACGGCACAACGAAUGCAAUAAAAUUUAAAUUAUAUCUAUUA